GUGGGGGGAGCCGGUGAGGGACUGGAUUUGGAUGGCCGGUUGGCUGGCUCUUCUGGGAAUAUCCUGGAUAGAGAUCCAGGAUCUCCUUGAGGAGAGAAUAUCCUUGAGGACAGAGGGGUUUCCUGCGUCAGAUAGGAGGUGUAGGCGGGCAUUUGUACUGGUGCUUGGGAAAUGUGCCCUCCUGUAAGGGCCGUCCUGGCCAUGAGGGACAAAGUGGGUGGGGAAAAGUCGAGCAGGUCAACAUGGCAGUGACGUGAGGAGUCUGCAAAGGGGGUAGGGACUGUGUCUUUUAUUUUGGGGUUUCUAGGGAAUAGGGACUGUCUUUUAAUUUGGGGUUAGCAUUGUGCCUAUAAAAUAAUGUGCUUGGUAGUUUACUGAAUGACAAACCAGUAACAAAACAAAACACGGAAGGUCAGAUCCUGGGGUGUCUGAAUCCAGUCCACAGAGGAAGAGUUGAAACCCUGUUUUUGGUGGGGGAGUUGUGUUGAACGUGGUCAGAAUGGUGCUUUAGGAAAUACUAAUGCAGUGACAGUAGAACAGGCUGUGAGGCAGGGAUACCACACAGAACGUUAUUGUAGUCGUGAAUGUCGGUGGUAAUGGGGAAUACAAGGGAGGGAGUGGCUGUAAGAGGUGUUCUGGAGGAUUCCCUGGACCCAGAAUGCUUAUGGAAAGGGGCAGGGUUUAAACCUGAAUGCAUCGGGGUGGUGGUGAUGCCAGUGGGAGUGGGGAGAACAGUGAGUGCAGCUGUGACGGCCUCCGAUUUCAGCUUGGGAUGUGUUGAGUUUAUGACCCAGGAGGAUCUGGAAGGCAUCCUACUGGCAUUUUAUGAUGUGCGUCAGGAACGAAAAGCUCAGCAUGGAUGAAGCUUUGCCAGGCCUCACACCUGAAAACGGAGACAGCCUUGUGAAAGUGGAGGAGGAGGACCCCCCCUGGGAGCAGACAUGGGGCUCGAGGGAGAGCAGCCACCACGCUCAGGAGCUCUGCCGCCUGCGCUUCCGGCAGUUCUGCUACCGGGAGACCCCGGGGCCCCGCGAGGCGCUGAGCCGGCUGCGGGAGCUCUGCCGCCAGUGGCUGCGGCCCGAGACGCACAGCAAGGAGCAGAUCGUGGAGCUGCUGGUGCUGGAGCAGUUCCUGACCAUCCUGCCCGAGGAGCUGCAGGCCUGGGUGCGGGAGCAGCAGCCGGAGAGCGGGGAGCAGGCGGUGGCCGCGCUGGAGGACCUGGAGAAAGACAUGGGAGACCCAGGACAGCAGACAUCAGUGAAGACUGAGGAAGAAGCCACCCAGGCCCUUGUCACAGAGCAGUGGCCACCUCCGAGUCGGAUCCCCGGGAGCCCCCAUGGGAAGUCGGCUCAGGAGAAGGUUCCAGACGUCUGUCUGAUGGCUGAAGAAGUUGUAACUGAAGAUGGAUUAUUUAAUACAAAGACAGAAACUUCUCAAGAAACGGAGCACGCUGCUGAGGCCCCAGGAACAGCCAGUAGAGAUGGCAUGCCCCAGCCACCUUGUACUUCUGUCCCUGCUGACAGGACAGUUGCGCAUUUGAACACCCUGAAGGACCGUUACCCGGGUGACUUGUGGGCCCGAAUGCACAUCUCCUCCUUGGAAUAUGCUGCAGGAGACAUGACCCGCAAGGGGAGGAGAAAGGACAGAGCUCGGGUGAGUGAACUGCUCCAAGGCCUUGCAUUCUCUGGGGACUCAGAUGUGGAAGAAGAUAACAAGCUUGAGGCCCACCACGCUCAAAAGAAGCUAAAGAUGUCAGAUGUACCAGAGAAGAACUGGACCAAAAGAGACAUUAAACCCAACUUCCCAAGCUGGUCAGUGCUGGAUUCUGGACUUUUGAAUCUCAAGAGUGAGAAGCUGAACCCAGUAGAGCUCUUUGAGUUAUUUUUUGAUGAUGAAAUAUUCAACAUGAUUGUCAAUGAAACCAAUAAUUACGCAUCUCAGAAAAAUGUCAGCCUGGAAGUCACAGUUCCGGAAAUAAGGUGUGUCUUGGGUAUCUUGCUUUUGAGUGGAUUUGUGAGGCGUCCCCGAAGGGGAAUGUACUGGGACAUCUCUGAUGCUGACCAGAACCUGGUUAGAGAUGCAAUUAGAAGGGACAGAUUUGAAUUGAUUUUCUCAUACCUACAUUUUGCAGAUAAUAGCCACCUAGAUCAAAAAGAUAAGUUUACAAAGUUGAGGCCUCUCAUAAAGCAAAUGAAUAGAAAUUUCCUCCUGUAUGCUCCCCUGGAAGAGUACUAUUAUUUUGGUAAGACGAUGUGUGAAUGCUUUGACAGUGACCAGUUCCUGAAUGGGAAACCUCUUAGAAUUGGCUAUAAAAUCUGGUGUGGCACAACCACACAGGGUUAUCUGGUGUGGUUUGAGCCUUAUCAAGAAGACUCAGCAGUGAUGGUGGGUAAGGAUGUCGAUCUGGGUUUAGGUGGGAAUCUAGUGCUGCAUUUUGCUGAUGUUCUUCUAGAGAGAGGCCAGUAUCCCUACCACCUGUUUUUUGAUAGCUUCUUUACGAGUAUCAAAUUGGUGUCAGCCUUGAAGAAAAAAGGACUGAGGGCAACAGGAACAAUUCGAGAGAACAGGACUGAAAAAUGUCCCCUCAUGAAUGCAGAACAUAUGAGGAAAAUGAAGAAGGGAUAUUUUGAUUUCCGAGUAGAAGAAAAUGAAGAGAUAAUUUUGUGUCGUUGGCAUGGCGAUGGCAUUAUCAGCCUGUGCUCCAACGCUGUGGGCAUAGCACCAGCCCGGGAGUUCAGGGGUUCUACUAAUGAGGAGGACGUCCACCAGGGAGCUCAGCCGGCCCUAGUGAAACUGUAUGGUGAGUGCAGGGAAGGUGUCGCUAAAAUGGAUCAAAUCAUUUCCAAGUACAGGGUGAGAAUAAGAAGCAAGAAAUGGUACUCAAUUUUGGUGAGUUACAUAAUUGAUGUGGCCAUGAACAACGCCUGGCAACUACAUAGAGCCUGUAACCCGGGCACCGCUCUAGACCUCCUAGAGUUUCGGAGAUACGUUGCACAUUUCUACUUGGAGCACAACGCUAAUCCAUCAGAUUAAGGCAGAAAAAAUGAACAUGAUGCCAAUAUUAACAGGACAAAAAUAUCACAGGUACAAAUCCGAUUGUACCCUUCCAAAGCAAACCUGAUGCAUGUAAUGGAAUUAUUAAGUAAAUAUUUUUUAAAAAGACGAGCAUCUGUGUAGAGUUUCAAAGACUACUGUAACAAGUAAUUUUUCAAAAAUUAUCUGUAAAAAUGUUGAACUGAAGUGUUACCUUUUUCUAUGACUAAUUUUUGAUGUGAGAUAUGGGAAAUCAUUUGUUGAAUUGAUUAAAGAGGUACAGUUUCAUUCUUUCAGCACACAAAUUAA